AUGAGCUCCCCUGUGGAACUACCUUCCGAUCUGAUAGGUCAAUCAGGAUUAUACAACCUUCCUGAUCCUUUACUACGACGACUUCGAUUAGAAGAUACCACAGGUGUUUCUAUUUCAGAUCUCGAGAAAUACUUUCGGUAUAAAGAUUUACUAAUCUUCUACGCUGGGUCGGAACAAGGAUCAAAUACAGACCCCACAUCAGCUCAACGAAUAUUAACAAACCAACCUUGGCUCAGAAGUACUUUUCACGAUAACUCAGAUUUCGCACCUCUCGUUCCAUAUCGUGAAGGGGCGAGAAUAACAGAGCUUGAAGAAGUUUCCAGAGGAGAAGAUUUCAUACAAGCUGGUGAAAUCGAAGCUGGUGUUGAGAAAAUAGAUUUUGGGACGGAAGAAAAUGUACAGGAUUAUGUUAGACCAUUAUCAAGAGCUGCAACCACUGUUUUAAUGAAUGUUUAUUCUACACCUUCUAUAGCUGUUUAUCAUAUACCAUCUCAUCGGUUCAUAGCGAAAAAUGUCCGACCUUCAGCUUUCAAUUCGAAGAAUGUCGAUAACAACUUUCGGAAAUGGAAGGAGGGAGGUGUUUCUUCAAUACGAAUCACAGACAUCCUGUGGGGUUUGAAGUGGCCAUUGUUCGGACUACUAUUGGCUUUCAUAUACCACUUGUUUAUCCGUUUUGGUGGAGACGAAUACAACGUCUUACCUCAAUACCUGGAUGAUCUCACUUGGCGUCUGAGGGGAGGAAAGGUGCAGACCUGA